GAGGCUCGUAGCUGUGCCGCGGGGUCAAAAUAUGCUCAGUGUAUUCUAAACAAGCGCGCGGGGCGUUCUCGUCGCUGCUCGUUUGCCUGGCUUGCUAGUUUGCUUGCGCGAUUGCCCGCUUUUCACGCCAGUUGUUAUUUUGCUAUCGGUCUUUCUGCCACUCAAUCUUCUCUCUCGACUUUCGCUUUCCUUUUUAUUUUUUGUCUCUUUAUCCUGCUUCUUACUUUACUAUGCACAUGUUGGAGGGUCGUCAGAAUCAGAGCCUCUAGAAGUUUGUACCUUUUUCGUGUCCUUCUUACUUUCUGCGUUUAUUUUCUACGAGUGCGUCAUCACAGACCAUGUAAUAAUUCAGAAUAUUAAGAUCUUUCAUAGACAGUGAUCGCGGAAUGAGUAAAUUUUCUUCAGCCUUUUAGCUCGAUAUGCCGAUCAAAAUCAGUGAAAAGGCUUAGAAAAAAGAACCUUCACAGAAAAGUUCUAGCUGGAUAAGGAAAAACGCACGCGCACAAUAAAGGUAGCUAUAUGAAAUAGCAUACGAGAAACAUCGCUUACUUUUCAAAAUCGCACGAUAAAGCAGAGCCGUGCAAGGAACUGAAAAUGUCAAGACUCAAGAAAGAAAACUGUCAAGCCGAAUUUUUAUAUACACAAGCAUUAUGACACUUGUAUCUCGCAUUUCUUAUCUCCGCAAUUAAAAAAUGUGAUUUAACGAGUCACGUGCAAAUUUAGAUUCUUUCACAACGUGUUGUCAGAAUGAUUUUUAAAAACAAGAAGAUGGAUCUAGAAGACGGAACCAAAACAGAGUAGACCGAGAACGAUAACUCAAUAAAAUCAGCGUAGUUGAUGUAAUUACUACUGGCUUGAUACUAGGAGCUUUGAGAAGCGUAUGCACUAAAUCAAGAAAGAACGCGAUUCCCAGACUAUGAACGAAGGACAGGUGAUUGACUAUUCUACAAGUGUUUUGUGGUUUUAGUGCUGUUAUUAAACCUUUAAUUUUAAACGUUUGCUUUAAAUCAUGCUUCGCGUAUAUGAAUAUUUAGUAAGCUUUUGUUCGUUUAUUAGAAAUAAGUGUAUAUUGAUUCACAGUUGAUACUAGAUUAGCUAAUCUAAGACGAUCUUGCACAAGACCAAUAUUGUGCGCAGAAUGGACCAUGUAAGAACGAUUCGAACUUGGUUUCUAUCCCUAAAAUUGACCUGGACAUUUCUAGUGUCUUCGGUUUGCAGUAUAAACGAGGAAAAGUUUAGUGAAAAGACAUUGACUGGAACAGUGUAUCGAUUUGGAAUCAAUAAACGCUGCAUUAUUAGCAGCUGCUGGAGCUGUAGUAGUAAAAAAAGAGCUGUAAUAAUAUUAGCAAAAAAAUUGAUUAAAAGUCGUAGGAAAUCAAUGAUAACAAGAGCAAUGACUACAAAGUUAUUGUGCCAAAGUCCUCAUGCUCUAACAUUAAUGAAAAAAUACAGUCGAGUGGAUACACUUGUACAAGUGCGGUGAUGAGCCCGUUUAGGCCCUCUGUAAAAGGAAGUCACAUUAACCAAUGACUGCAACGUAAACUAUCAAUCAAAAAAUAAGAGAAAGAAAAACCAAUAAAAUUAGAAGAAUCACUUGUAUAUGCAAGCCUGUGACAUUACCUCUCCGACUAUUUGACGGGCCAUGGACGAGAUUCAAGACAAAAAUGGUAUCGUUUCAAGCAUUGAUAGCGACAGUGAAUACGUUAACAUACACUUUAUCAUUGGCGAUCGGAAGGAAGUUGCUUGCUUCCGAUCUGAUCAGGUCACAGAUGCAGAAAUCAAAGUACAGAUGAUGAUGUCGUCCAGGUAACUGCAGCAAUUCAGCUCCAUAUCUGGAGUAAUUAAAGAGUCUAUUAUUCGCUGGAAAUAAGCUGAGGCUCCUGUUAAGCCAAACGAACUCUUUCGGUGUGCAGCAGAGGCUGGGCCUCUAGACAUAGUCAAGCUAAGAAAGAAAGAUAAAAUUUUUAACAUUUCACCACAUUUGCCCGGAAACAAAGCAGACGAUCCGUAUGUACUUCAGGUAGUAUGUGUUCAUCCAGCCCCGUUGGAGAUAAUGGAGACAAAUCAAUUUCAUGCUUUAGAAAAAAGGUUAACGACUCUCGAGCGAGAGCUAUAUGAUCACAAAAAAGCUAUGUGCACAGCUCCAUGUUUAGCACUUUUGGAGCUUAAAAGGCAAGUGGAUUCGUUUAAAAAAAAACUUGAGACAACAGAGCACCUUAGCUGGCUGGGUUUUUGUAAACAACUACCAGAGCCGAUAUCCUCUGAGGCUUGUCGUAGAUUGCAGUAUCGUCGUAAAAGUGACAGCAUUAAAAGAAAGGUUCGGGAAAAAUUUCUUAACAUAUGCGACAUUGCUGUCUCCGUCAGUGCACGUGAAUGGUUACGAUCUCCAGCAUUUGAUGCCAGACAAUGGGAAGAUGAAGAACUGCUUCUUAUGUUACAAACGAUGUUUUUCGAACUUGAACUUCCUCAGAAAUUCAAUAUACCUUUGUCCACGCUACGAAACUUUAUUUAUGAGGUCUACAAUAACUACAACGAGGUUCCUUUUCACAACUUUAGACACUGUUUUUGCGUUGCACAAAUGAUGUAUGUAAUGGUGUGUGCAGUAGACUUAAUAACCAAGAUCGGGGAUCUCGAAGUAUUAGUACUGAUAGUUUCAUGUAUAUGUCACGACCUUGAUCAUCCAGGUUAUAAUAACAUUUAUCAAAUUAAUGCACGUACAGAAUUAGCUCUGCGUUACAACGAUAUCUCACCUCUUGAAAACCACCACUGCUCGGUGGCGUUUCAUAUUCUGGAGGCCCCUGAAUGCAAUAUCCUUGCCUCUCUUCAGCCAGAAACUUACAGAAUUGUUAGAGAGGGCAUUAUACGCUGUAUUCUUGCUACAGAUAUGGCCAGACACAAUGAGAUUCUUGCACAAUUUACUGACGCUGUUCCGGAUUUUGAUUACUCAAGCAAAGUUCACAUCAAUUUGUUAUCAAUGGUGCUAAUCAAAGUAGCGGAUAUUAGCAAUGAGGCUCGGCCUAUGGAUGUGGCAGAACCCUGGCUUGACAGUCUUCUCCAGGAGUUUUUUAAACAAAGUGAUGCUGAGAAACUUGAGGGUUUACCGGUUACACCGUUUAUGGAUAGAGAUAAAGUGACUAAACCCUCGUCUCAGUGCAGUUUUAUUGGACUCGUGCUUCUACCACUUUUUGAAAUUCUAGGAGAACUCUUUCCAGAAUUGCAGGAGCUGAUUAUAGAACCAGUACGCUAUGCCUUGGACUACUAUAAGCGGUUAAAUGAAGCUGCUAAGGACGAGCGUCAUCAGCGUAAAAGUAUGAUUGACUUAGAUGAUCGUAUACCUAGUGAUUUGAAUGAUCCUCAUAAUAGUGGACAGCAUCAUCUUCAACAAAAUUUACAUCAGCAUCAAUCAAAUAUCAGCUUUAUGAGCUCAUCGGGAAUUGAGUCUGAGAUAGGUUCUAUUGUAAAGUCAGUAUCUUCACAUAGCAUGCGAUCAAAGCGCUCUACGACUACACUGCACUCACGGUCACGCUCGAUUGAGGAUGAUGAUGCAGGUGCUAUCGAUAAUACGAUAUUUGAACAGUCAGCAGAUCAUGAAAGUAGUGAUCCUGAAACUGCUACUGAGGUUGAAAUUAGUGAGAAAACCCUAAAAUUUAAGAUAUCUACGGAGGAAAAUUGCAGCACUUCAACCCCUGGCCGCAAGUCCUAUCCUAACAGUCGCAAAGGUAGUCGCGAAAAAUCUAGUCUUGAGUAUUACAAUCAUGAUUUUACUAAAGCAAUGCGUGAACAUGAGCGAGAAAGGCGACGAAGUCGAGCAGAAAAUCUUUGUAGCGAUAUAAAUUCACCUAUAAGUACACGCUCAAAUGAUGUGGAAUCACGAAUCCUUGAGGAAUUUAAGCGAGAUGACCAACAUUAUGUGGAACUUGUAUUCACUGAAGAUAACAGAAAAAUGGAAGGAAACGGUAUUCUUGUGGUGGAUACUGCUCAGCACCGACGAAAUAAUCGUAUUAGUAAACGAACAGCGAGUAUGGAUAGUAAUGAACUUAUGACCAAAACUUGUACUCCAACAGAGAUUGUCAAAGACGCCGUUCGAUGUUGCUGUGAUGACAAAUUCAGUCCGAACAAUCACAAAUCCUUCCUUUCUCGCUUACGUAAUCUGACAGAUCGUUUGAGCAUGAGUUUUGAUACGAAGGAACCAUCAAUUGGUAAAUCUGAAAUAUAUACAACAGUCAAAGAUCUUAAUAAAAGCAUUACAAUAAAUAACAGUAGUAAAUGCGAUAAAAGUUUAUUUAGUCAACCAGUUCGUUCAACUAACAUUAUUACCACAUGUAAGAAAUGUAAUUUAUCUAAGCUACAUAAAAAAAAAGAACUAAGAGAAUCAGUAGGCAAGGUAAUGGUAGAUCAUUCAUCAAAUAAUUCAGAUGAGGCGCGCUUAAUGACACUGCCAAAAGUCAAGCGCUCACAGGAUAAUAAAAAUAAGAGUUGGCGAACUGUUUUUGCUAAAGAAAAGAGGCCUUCAAUGUCAUUAGAAACUUUGCCAGCUGAAGAUACGAUUUUAGAAAUACAACCAUCUAGCGUUAGAAGACACCGAAGAAAUUUAUCAAAUCCUGAGGGUAAAGACUAUUCUUCAGUAUCAAAUAACCAGAGUUUGCAAUCAAAGCGAGAUCCAACGCAGAACAUUAACUUUAGGGAGAUAGAUAUUCGACCUAGCAUGCCCGAGAUUUUCGUCGAUCCUAUAAAUGCUAGUUGUUCAAGUGCAAUCGAAGAUAUUGAUAAAGUUGAAAUCCGCAGAAGCUCUGCCAGCAUGGAAGACAUUUCAAAAAUCAUUAAACAAAAUGAAAUUGGUAUUCUUGACUGCUCAUUAGUGCAACAGAAGUCUAUUGAAUGUCAACAGCAUACUGGUAGCUUAGAUUCAAUGCUAAACAAAGACACUACAUGUAAGAAAGAACCAGUUGGUUUUUAUGCAUCUAAAUUCUCCCAAUCCCAAUCGAAAAAAACAAUACCAAGCUUUUUUUCACGAUUAAAAUCAGGCAUUAACAUUGACAGUCCAGGUAACGGCAAUCGAAGCAUCAGUAAAAGCGGUUCGAUUCAUGAACAGCAAACUGGUAGCUGGAUAUCUUCAAUUACAUCAAGUUUUCGACCUCGAAGACAGGGAGAGCUAUUAGAGCAAUCUCAAGCACAAACCAGGCAACAGCAACAGGAAAGACAACAACCACCAGUCAAAUCUUCUAGUCACGAAGAAAUAAAGUGAUGUAACCAUGAUUAUAAGAAACUUGAUCAAAUGCCUAACUAAACAGAUGACUAAGAGGUCGCUUUGUCAUAACAAUCGAUAAACUAUUCUUACUAUGAUAAUUAUCUCACAUUACUAUACAGCUUUCAUAUCAAUCUUUAACAGCGACAAAUUAAAAGCAUUGACUGCCUAUUCAUUUAAAAUUAA